GAUGACAACUGAGGUAACCAAUAAUCCGGCUCCGCCACCCUUUAAGCGCAAUAAGAAAAAGAAGAAAAAUGCUCGGUUCCUGCGUAAUGCCAAGGGGUUUGCCAAGCAGGGAAUCUAUGGACGAGGAACCCACAUCGAUGAUGAUCAGUACAAUUAUUUCAUAAAUAUUUUGGAUGCCAUGAAAAACGGUUUCGAAGAUGUUGAGGAGAAGGUCACAAUGGCCAACAAUGUUUUCGAACAGACCAAAGAUAAUGAAGUCCAUUUGGCCUCCAAUCAAAUUGUGUGCAAAGUCUUGGAAUCGUUGUGUGGCUUUGUGGAACCGUCACAGUUGGAAACCUAUUUCCAUGCUUUUGCUGAUAAUUUCCGGCCAAUAUGUUCCGAUCGUUUUGCCUCACAUGUUCUACAGAAAAUGGUGGAAAUUGCCUUUUUGCGAAGUGUGAAGAAGGAUAAACUGAAGCAGACUAAAGACGAAGAUGAUGAAGAGGACGGCGAAGAGGGUCCAUCGAGUAAUAAAAAACCUAAAUUGUCCCAAGAUGUUAUUAGCGAGGAACGUUACAAUUUGGACACUGAAUUCCCCGAGGAACACAAACAAAAUUGUUCGAACUUUGUGUUGAGAGUGGGUAAAUUUAUGUUAAACAAUUUGGAAGAUUUUGUAUGGGAUUCGUGUGCCAGUCAUAUUAUGCGUACAUGUAUUUUAUGCCUAUCUGGUGUGCAUGUAGCUAAGGUGGCCUUUGAAAAGGGAGGUGCAGUUAUGGCCAAGGAACGUAAGGUCUAUGAAGUUUCCGAGGAAUUCCAGGAGGUAGCCAAGGAGUUUGCACAACGUUUAGAAAUGUGGCCACAGUUUUCUGACUUUCCAUAUGAUGAACAUUCUUCUGCCCUGUUAAGUGUCCUGUGUGUGGCCUUGAAGGUGAUUGAUAAAAAUAUGCUAAAACAUUUUGGUAAAAAGAUUCUAAUGGAAGGACUACUGAAAGUUGAUGAUAGUGGGGAUGAUAAGAAAAUUGAAAUUCUGGAUGAUGAGGAAGAACAACAGAAACAGGAGCCCAUGGAAACGGAAAACAAAGGGGAGGAGGGAGAAGAAGGUGGUGAAACAGAAAAAUCUACCGCACCUUUACCCAAAUUACCCAAUGUAUUUCAUUAUCAAUGUUCGGUGAGACUACUGGAAACUCUACUUACAGUGGCUGGUCCCAAACUUCUAACACAACUCUAUGCCAUGUUAUUUACCAAUAAAUUGGCCAUAUUGGCCAAGGAGCAGUUAACAAAUUUCGCCGUACAAAAACUAUUGCAAAAUAUCAAAGAGAAAGAAGAUUUUGAAAAUGUCUUCCAAGAGCUACAAGAACACAUUGAAGAACUGUUAAAGAUAGGACACACUGGUGUAAUAUCUGGUCUGGCCUCGGCUUGUUUACGGCUUCAAACCAAACAGGGCCAAUUUAUUUCGGCCCUGCAACAAGCCUUACAUGUCAGUGGCGACAAGGAAAAAAUGAAAUCCUUUUUCCUAUGUCUCAUCAAACUGAAACCCUUCGAAAUUCUACAAGAAGACAAAUCGGCCUUUGUCCAUCUACAUGGCUCCCUAAUCAUACAGGAUAUUUUACGCUUUAAUAAACCCAUCUUCUUGGUUAAUUGUAUUUUGGAAACAUCAUCGGAAUAUGUGGUGUCGGUAUUCAACACACCCAAUGGUUCUCAUAUCUGUGAUGCAUUUCUACAAAGUAAAUUUAUUGGUGAGAAAUCACGUGAGAAAUUAAUUAAACAUUUGGAAGGUUACUACGUGGAUUUGGCCAUAACGAAAUUUGGUUCACGAGUUGUUGAGUCAUGUUUUGCUGCAGCCUUGGAGCCACAAAAGGCGAGAAUUGUCAAGGAACUGGCAGAGAAAUCGAAUAUGUUAAAGGGUUCACCAUUUGGUAAAUUGGUGUGUACCAAGCUACGUGUUGACACAUAUCGUCUAUCGGCCGAACAAUGGAAGGCUAGCCUAAAGAAAAAAGAAUCAAAAGCACAGGAAUUAUUUAAGGAUAUAAUAAAUUGA